UAUGAUAAUUAUUAUGAUGUAAACACUAAAGUGACUAAACGUAAAACUGUAAAGUUUACAAUACAUUUACAUUAAUAGUUUUUAUUUAUCUUUAACAUAUGUAAUAGAAUUUUCAAUUCAGAUUGAAGAGUUUACAAAAUAUAAAAGAAAAGUUAAUCUAUUUUGUCAUGCCGUGUGCACUGUGCAGUAGGUAUGCACUAAGCAGUUACCUACUUUUGCUGUUUUGAUGCCUUGAGAGUGUAAACCCAACAGGUCUCAAUAACUAAUCAGUCAUGGAUAAAAUGUUGAGUCAACAUUAUAUUUCUGCCAACAGCGGUUGCAGCACUCGCGUUGGAGAAAUAGAGCACAUGAGUCAUCUUUCUGAGCACAUCGGGUCUCUGUGCCUGUCGACAGAGUACUCUGAUGUGACACUGGUGGUGGAGGGGCAACGCAUCCCGGCGCACAAGGUUAUCCUCGCUGCCAGCAGCAACUACUUCCGGGCGCUGCUGUACGGCGGUAUGCGGGAGUCCAGCCAGUCCGAGGUCGAGCUUCAGGCGCCGUUGUUGGCUUUCAAGGCUCUCCUGCGCUACGUGUACUCAGGCCACAUGGGCCUGUCGUUGCUGCGCGAGGACACGGUGCUGGAUAUGCUCGGGCUGGCGCAUCAGUUCAACUUCCAAAAGCUGGAGGCGGCCAUCUCCGACUACUUGCGCCAGGUGCUGGCGCUGAGAAACGUCUGCUCGGUGCUGGACGCCGCCAGGCUGUAUGGGCUGGACUCCUUAAUGGACUACUGCUAUAACUUUUUGGACAGAAACGCACAGGAAGUUCUACAACACGACACGUUUCUGCAGCUUUCAGUGGAAGCGUUGCAAAGUCUGCUAGAACGCGAUUCAUUCUUCGCGCCUGAGGUGGACAUAUUCAAGGCGGUGUGCGGAUGGUUCAGUGCUAACCAGCAGUGGGUCCAGUCGGAAGCGGGCGCCGGCCAGGUGGAGAAGAUACUGAAGGGCGUGCGACUGACCCUCAUGAGUCUGGAGGAACUCCUGACGGUGGUGCGGCCGUUCUCGCUUGUGACGCCUGACAUGCUGCUGGACGCUAUUCAAGAAAAGACGCAGGCCAAGAGCACCGACCUGCCGCACCGUGGAUUGCUUCUGCCCGAGGAGAACGUGGCGACGGCGGCUCGGGGCGCGCGCGUGCUCACGGGCGAGAUGCGCAGCGCGCUGUUGGACGGCGACACGGACUCGUACGACAUGGAGUGCGGCUACACGCGCCACACCAUCAGCGACGCGCGCGACAACCCGGGCAUCAUCGUGCGCCUGCCCACCACCACCAUCAUCAACCACGUGCGCCUGCUGCUCUGGGACCGCGACAACAGGUCGUACGCCUACUACGUGGAAGUGUCCGUGGACCAGAAGGACUGGGUGCGUGUGAUCGACCACAGCAACUACUUCUGCCGCUCGUGGCAGCGCCUGUACUUCGAGCCGCGCGUGGUGCAGUACAUCAAGGUCGUGGGCACCAGCAACACCGUUAACAAGGUAUUCCACGCGGUGAGUCUGCAAGCAAUGCACACUGCCGUGGUGCCACCACUGCGUGACGGUCUCAUCUGUCCCACACACAACGUGGCCACACUCGAUCUAUCCGCCGUCGUCGCCGAGGGCAUCAGCCGCACCCGCAACGCGCUCCUGAACGGCGAUACGGAGCACUACGACUGGGAGCAGGGCUACACGUGCCACCAGCUGGGGUCGGGCGCCAUCGUGGUGCAGUUGGCACAGCCCUACCUGCUGUCGUCCAUCCGCAUGCUGCUGUGGGACUGCGACUACCGCCACUACUCGUACUACGUGGAGGUGUCGCUCAACUACUGGCACUGGGACAUGGUGGUGGACCGCAGCCGCGCCACCUGCAGGUCGUGGCAGGUGAUAAACUUCCCGGCGCGGCCCGUCUCCAUCAUUCGUGUGGUGGGCACCAACAACUCCGUCAACGAGGUGUUUCACCUGGUGCACCUGGAGUGUCCAUCGCAGGUGACUGUGAGCGAAGAGCUCGACGAGCAGCAAGGCUCCAAGAAACAGCGAGCAAUCGACGACCGACCCGAAAGAAGCUCAGAUGGCGGCGGGGCAGAAGAAGACAGCCCGCCUCGUGCGGUCUCGGUCGCACCCCGCGCCGACCCGCACGCUGAAACAGCCACCGAGGCCGAAGAGCUUGAUGACGCGGAAGAUUAGUGCAGCGUUCGCUUCAGUGCUACACUCCGAUGAAUUCCCUUUUGUAAGGGGUCUACCAGCUACACCAAACCAUAACAGUGCUGGGAAUGUGUCGAAAAAAAUAAUCAAGUCUAUUUGAUUUUGGGCGUAGCAGUCAGUGGCGGACCCGUACCCGAUACGUUCCCGGUCCGUCUACACUUGAUUACUAUAUCACUACGGCUAUAGGAAUCAUGGUGGAAUGGUAACUACACAGACCGAGCUGUAUCCUUGGGCAGUUUUUAGGGAGAUCAAAGGAAGGGCUGAAACCUUUCAUAUGCAACACUCCAUUCCACCAUAGAAUAAUACCGUGUAGAAGAAUAGUAUCCCGUGCCUAUAGAACUAGGGCAAACAGUAUAUAAUUUUAGAUACUGACAAUUAUUGUUAUUGUAACGAAAAAUUGCACAUCACCAUUUAGACAAAUUUUAUUAACAUUACUAAUAAUUUUAAUAAAAAACUCACUUUAUUCAAGUAGGUAAACUUAGACUAGAAUCAUACAUAAAAAUAAGGCUUGGGACAAACUAGGGCCCGUGACGUACCCGUAGAUAUAAGACAUCUAAUCUUUGAAAUCGUGCUCUUAAACUUGUUUUUAAUCACACCCACAUGAGCAAAAACAUUAGUUAUAACACUAAAUUAUUAGCUAAAUCAUAUCAUGAGAUAGGGGAGACUGUAAAAAAUUAUGUAAUAAUAAAAAUAUUAUACAGAAAAUCCUAGUGAACAUGUUGGAUCACUUUAUUAUCCUGAUAUUGUCAUAGGUAUUAGUAAUUUGUCAUUGUUAUCUUAAUCUUAGUAUAUAAAAAUGUUUGUUACCAGUGAACUCCUAAAAUAAUGUACGGAUUUUAAUGGCGAUUACUUCAUGGAGUGCAGUUUAGUCUAACUUGAGAGAUAUGAUAGUUUUUAUUUCGAUUUGGGACCCAUAAUUAUUUAUAUUUCCAAUAUUUGUUUUGUAUGGACAUAUUUUCUGCGAGAGAAUUUAUUGACGCGCGGUUUGACAGUCCUGCUGUGAAACAAUUUCAUUAUAACAGCAGGCAGCAUAUUUUACGAAAUAAUUCUUGAUGUAAUGAAAUAUUAUUGACGAAUUCAUAAAAAACAGUAUUUUAUUUUUUAUGCACAGAGCAACUAACAGUCUUAUGUAUCUCACAUCCUAGGUAAAACCUUUGUUUCAUUGUAUUAUAAUCUUAUUAUAAUAUAAUAUACUUAAUACUAUAUAUAUAUCUACAUAUGUGUAUGCAUUGCAGAUAGAACAGCUGUUACCUACACUUUAGCAUUUUUUUAAAUUUCGCACGUGUCUGUUGUCGCAUCGAACAGCGUAGUGUUGUCGUGCGUAAUUUAAUUUUUUUUUAUCUACACCCAUGCUUUAAAUCCUCCAUUAAAGAUUCUGAAACAGUUAGCAUAUUACCAACAUUAAAACACUCAAUGUUCUAAUAACCAUUACAACCAAUGUCGUAAUAACCAUUACAUCAUCCAAACGAGUGUUGUAAUGUUGUACUGAAUUUCAUAACAACACUCCUUGGUAUUUUUUUUCGAUCCCUUCAUGCGCAAAGAGUUUCAACAAACAGCCACAUUCUUAUUGCUCGAUGCAUGAUAUCUGUAUGAAUUUCAAUAAAAGAAAAUUUUCGUUUUCGCGCGUUCCACACUACCGUGAAACGCCGUAAAAAAAAUGUAGGUUAUUCGAAACCCCGCCAUUUUUCUUGAAAAAAUGAGCGAUUCAAGUAAAUUACUACUAAAAUAAAUAAUUAUUUCAUUAAUACUUAGUUUAUUUGUAUACAAUCAGUAAUGGAUGAUAUUAGGUUACUUGUAGGACUUUUUUUGAGGAUUCAUAUUCUGGGUGUAGAUAAAGUAUUGCAUGCAACUGUUGAUAAUUAUGUAUUAAAACACUCAUGUGAUACUAUUAUCACACCCACAUUCGUGUUUUAAUACCCCUCAUUACACAACAGUUGCAUAAAUAACUGUUAAUUUAUGUUUACCUUCGGUGAAAUCAACGCUUUCUUUUUGCUUAUUUAUGCGAGAAUUGUAAAGACAAAAGAUUGAUUUCUUUACGAAGGCCAGAGAAUUAAAAGCAGCGCUCCCUAGGCCAUCUAGGCAUGACCUCAUGUCGGCGAUCUAGGUGUUAUUAAUUUAAAAUGAUAAUGUUUAAAUCUGGAUAUCCAGCGAAUUUUAUGCCAAGUUAUAUCACAUUCUUUUCAGUAGUUCAUACUAUAGUCUCCCUAGAAUUCAAGAAUGUUUGAAAUUGUGUAAGUAUUUCAUCUUAAAUGUUGUUUUUCUUUAUUUCUUAGUGCGGAUGCCAUUUGGUAAAUUGACGACCAUAGGCCCGUCCCUAGUUUGCCUCAAAUAAUUCGCCUGUGACGAACAUUCACGUAUAAUGACACUAAAAGUAAUAACUUUCGUACAUACCGCGUAAGGUGAAUACUUAUUCACUUGAAUGGAAAGGUGUGUAAUUGGAAAGAGGAGAAGACUCCUUGGUUAUGAGAUGAUAAAGUCAUCUUAGUAAUAUGUUAUAUCUUGAUACAAGAACGUUAAAUAUGAAUGACGGUCGUUGAAGUAUUGCUGAACGGUGGCCCGGUGAGCAACGCCCGCGUCUAUUUCGCUAACCGGUUCAAGACUUGAACAUUGAUACAACCGGCAAUCACCGAACAAGCUCUUCAGCCUAGCGAAACUAUAAGAAAAAUUGGUAAUUAGUAACUACCAAGCCGUUAUGUAGCUACUACUUACGUGUUCUACUUGUGACAAGCAAAUAGGUUGUACUAUUUAUAGUAUUUUCUUUAAUUAACGCGAGUGUUACACAUUUAAAUAAAACACUUUUUAAAGGAUUAAAAUACGUGUUAUUGUAACUGUGUUUUUACAUAAGUUUUUGCGUGAAAGUUAAAUUUUUAUUAUUUUAGUUAACCCGACGUUUCAAGACCUUUCCAGAGGGCCUAUCAUCAACUUUUAAUAAGCGAUGUGAUUCCGAUGCAGUUCAGUUUAGGUACCUAAACUGAAUCACUAAAAUUCGUACCAUGAAGUACCUUUUACCGAAUGACGUUUGGAUCGCUUAGGAAGAAUGAACGAAAUAAAUUUGUCUGUGGUCCGCGGUGUGAGAAAGAGAUGACGCUCUACAGUCGUUGCAUAAGUUUGUCUCUCUUACUCCAACCAUACGCGUUGCGUUUCGAAAGCUAAAAUGAUAUUGUUUUAGCGGUUUUUUUGCGUAGUAAAUACAGGGUGGACCAAAAGUCCGUUUAUAAUUUGAAUGAUGAUUUAAAAAAAAGUAAUAACAGUAGAUCAAAACUAUUUAUUGUUUUCGAUAGUAAACAAAAGGGGAAUUUAUUUCCUAAAAAUCACAUCAUCCAUAUGCAAUCCUUCAUUAUUCUGGCAUUGUUGCAAUCUAGAGCGGAAAUUUUCGAUGACAGCUUUACAUGUUUGUGUUGAGAUGUUUUGGAUUUCUGUGCGCAUACGAUCCUUUAAUUCGUCAAGAGUUACUGGGUUGGUUGGCUGGAAUGCAGGGGUUUUUGAUCACCAUGACAUAGUGUCAGUCCAAUAACGACAAUUUUGUCUAUUAACAUGCCCAUUUAGGUGGAUGUGUGCCUUGUUGAGAAAAAAACGUUUGUAAAACUGGUGAAUCGCUCUACCAUUUCGUUCGCAAACUGCAACUUAGUGGCAUGGUCCUGAGCCCUUAAUUCCUGCACCAUUUGGAUUUUAUAGGAAUGUAGACUUAAAUCUUUCUUGAGAAUGCGGUUUAAUACAUCAUUAUCUUGGCACGUUAAGGACAGCAGACCGCUUUCGAGUUGAUAGUCCAGGUUGGUCACGAACAGACGAUUUUACUCGCUCCACGUUUUCGGGGUCCCUCGACGUUCUAGGCCGGCCAGAUCGAGGUAAAUCCAUUGUUGAACCCGUCUUCUCAAACUUGAGCACCCAUUAUUUAAUUUACACACCUGAUGGAGCUUGAUUUUUGUGUCGUAUCUUGUAAUGAUUGCAUAACUUUCGUUGAGCUAAGGUCGCAGAAUCGUUGUUUCGAUAGUACUCGCGUACACAAAAUGCACGUUGACUACCGCUAAACGACGCCAUGGUACUAAAUUCCCAUUGGCCGCUCUUGCAAUGCGUAACACCUCCACCCCCCUCCGCCGCCGCUGCUAGACGCGGCAACCGAUUCAAAUGUAAAUGGACUUUUGGUCCACCCUGUACUAAACAUUCAUUUUAAAAUUGAAAACCAUCAAGACUUUUUUUUGUAUUUAUUAAAUAAUAGUAAUAUAAAUAAAUAUAGUUCUUUGAAUUACAAAUUAAAUGUUUGCUUAGGUGUUUUCGUAAAAAUAACGAGUUAUUAACAAAACGAUUCAAUUUCCUCUAAGUAAGUAGCAACUUUUUUCAAAUCGCUCACUUUGACACAUAAGCGAUCUAGUUUAGGUUGAAAUAUUACCUCAUGGUACGAAUGAAUGAACGAACUUAAUAAGUUUGCGAUUCAAUUGACAUCAUUGCGAUUUAAUCAGUUGAUUUGACGUCAACCUAAAUUAUAUAGCUCCAAUCACGUCGUGGUACGAAAUAGCAAAGCAGUUCAUUUUAGGUUGUCAAUUGAAUCGCAAUAAGAGUUCAUGGUAGGCCCGCAGGUCUCGUUUUUAGGGGGACUGCAAAUGAAAUGGUAAAAUAAUAAUAGCACUUAGGCUCUUUGAGGGCUGUUCUUGUUUGAAAUCAUCUUCAUAUAUUUCAGUUUACAUGUUUAUGAUAAAUAUGAAAGCUUUUUAUCUCAUACUUAUAUAAAUUGGUACAACUGAAUCCUGUAGACUUAAAUUAAGGAUUGGUUUCCGCCGCGCUCCAACUAGUUACCGCAGGCGUUAUCGCAGAAUGCGGCAACUAAUACUACGCCCAAGUGGUCGUACUCAAGCCAGUCUCGAACAAUGUAUGAUGAUGUGCCACAUGUUCUGUUAAUCCUUGCUCAUAAAUUAAACUAAAAUGCCGGUUUGCGUAGUAAAACUUUGUAUAAAUAGUAAAUACAUAAAUCAAUAAGUAUUUUGAAUUUCUUUAAUUAAAAUGUGAAAUAACAUGAAGUGUAUGUUACAAAAUUUUAAAAAUGCCAUUGAGUGUCAUGAUGCAAUGCACACAAGCAUCUAUUAGUUGCCGUAAUAAAAAAGCUAUUGUUCUUAGGUAGUGUGGUACCUAGUUGAGCGCAGCGGAGACCACACCUUAAUCUAAGCCUGUAGGUACAAUAUUUUGGUUUUCAUGUUAUAGUAGGUAAUAAUAAACAUUAUGUAUAAGCUUUGUAUAGUAAAACAAUAACAGUGAAAAUGACUAAAUAAGGUAAAUGGAUUACAAUUAUUAUUUUAAAUGUAGACCGACAACAGCUUUUGGUGAAUAUUUUUAUAGUGUGACACAUAACAUUAUUGCAAUUAUAUAAUAUUCAUUUUUAUUUAGUUAAUAUAGGAAUGUGAUCUUUUUCUCUGUCCACACAUUAAGGUUAAGUAAACUGUGAUAGAUACUUAUUAUUUUAAUGUAUGUUUCAAAAUAAAUAUUAUUAUUAA